AUGAGCGCAUUUGAAAGUCGGAGAUGUGAUGAUAUUGAUGAAGAUGAGGAAGAUGACGAUUGCCCGACGGUUAUCAAAAGAGUAAGUCCAACAAUUUACUAUGUAAUGUACAGUCCUGAAAAUGCAGUCCUAUUCCGCGGAUUGGCUUCAAAACGACAAUUCAUCUGGAGCCGACGAUUCUGAAGACGACAGUGACGCAGAAUUCGCCGUACAUUCGUGUCUCAGAAGCCUUAUCAAAUCGAAAUCCGCUUAUGCAGUGCCCCGGGAACGUUUUGACGUGGCCGACACCAAGAACAGCAUUAAGCCGAGCAAAACAAGCUUCGAGGUGAGUGAGUGGGCGGAUCCACCUGCCACGUCAUCAGCAUCAAAUAAUUGGAAGUUUUCUUAUAGUAAAGACUUUACUUACUGUAAGGUACAGUUUCCAUUAGGCUGGUCGAACAUAAAACCAUAGUUGCCACGGGCCGGGCCGGGCCGAAAUUUCCAAAACUCCGGCCCGGCCCGGCCCGUCGGCCCGGCCCGGCCCGGCCCGACCCGGCCCGGCCCGGUUGGCCCGGUUCAAAAAGCGGGAAUUCAAAAUUUGAAUUAUUGAUCGCAUGAAGCCAUUUUUUGUAGAAUUAGGGGUUUUUUGCAAGCAUCGAACAUUGAAAAACAAAUGUAUUUCUCAUAAAAAAUUCAUAACAGCAAAAAACAAAGAAGAAACACUAAAACUUUAGUUCGAAAAUUUUUUUUGUAAUAACGAAAAAAAAAUUUCCGCGAAAAUUUGAAUUCCCGCCCUUUGAACCGGGCCGGCACUUCACCGACCCGGCCCGGCCCGGGCCGGCACUUUACCGGCCCGCAUGGCCGGCCCGAAAUCUGGCAAGUCUGCAUAAAACAGGCGCCUGUUUUUUUGCGCCGCUGCGUUCUUGCGUUGAAAAAACAGGCGCAGGCGCCUGAAAUCGCCUGUUCGACCAGCCUAGUCUUUAUAUUUUCUCAACGAUGUAGGAAAAAUCCAGAAAUUCCUAGAUAUGACUAGCGUAAUGACAUUUCACGUCACGUCACAUACAAAAUUUUGGAGUUUUCCUGGAAUGCACUAAAUUUUGUUGUACUCGAAAUCAGAACUGAAGUCAGAAAGAAUGCAAUUCAACAACCUUCAGAUUUCACUAUCAAAAAUGAUGGAAUCGACGAGCAAGAGCAUUGCUGUAGAAGCGGAGUAUUCUGUGGCCGACCUACUUCCAUCGCUCGAUCAAAAAUGGCCGGAUCCUGAAGAGGAAUUCGAGAAAUUAGAGAAAAAGAGAAGGAAAUCCAAUAUUCUCAGGUAUACACAUCUCUUUUUGAAAAAUGCAGUUAUAACUGAAAUUCAAUCCAGGUACUCGCCAAGUGUAUCCGAUUCUGAUCUUUCUCUGAAUCUUGAACACGACGACGACGAAGGAGAAGGCGAAAGUCAUCUAAACCGCCCAUCCGGAUGCUGGAGUUCACCGCCCAACUUUUUCGAUGACACAUUCAGAAGUGUUUCACCUACUAAUCGUGAGUUAAAAUCUGUUUUUUUAACUAACAGGCCCAAGUUCUCUGAGAGCAGCGCCCAGAAAUUUUUAGUUUGUAGUCUAGCAGCCCGUACUUUCUUGAGAGCAGCGCCCAAACUGGCAUGGCACAGUAAUGUUUCGCAACUUCAGAAAAAUGCUGGUCCGCUCCAGACUUGGCCGAUGAGCCAACCGCUAGGAGACUAGACUCUCCGCAUGGUACAUCGGCGAGACCUGCAAUUCCGAUUCUACGAGAGCUUAUCGAAUCCGAGUCAAAUAUUGGAUAUCCAGCCAUUGAAACGCCAGAUAAUGGUGAGAUUAUUUCCAAAAAAAAUCAGAUGGGUUUUUAGUUGUAUUAUGCACCCAAUCGCUCACCUUUUAGUUCACCCUCUUUUUCAGAUCCCUCAGUUUGUUCGUACCGUCUACCGUCUUCCGUUGGCUCCGCCCCUUCCCCGUCCCCGCCACGUCCACUUUCUCCUGUUUUCGGACGUCCUGCACCCCCACAAUGUACUCUUUUUAUCGGGAUUUAUCAGGUUGUCACAAAAGUGAAUUAAUCGAAAUUGUUUCAGAUCGAAUACAUCAAUCCCAAUCAAUGCAACUUCCUCGAAGACCUGAUAUCGAGGCGUUUUUGGCAGAUUGUCAUCAGGAUUACACGAAAGCGCCGCCCGCUUUCAGUAUUGGAUCUUCGGAAGAGGAAGGAAUCACGGAGGAGGACGAAGAUUUUGAGGAGGAAGAUGAAGAGGACGAUGACGAAGAGGAAGACGUGAAAAGGACAGAAGAAGUAAUCAACGUUUUUGGCUUAUGAGUAGAAAAGAAUUUCGGAAAAGACAGAAAACUAACUAUUCUGCGCUGCUAAACAUGGCCCGCCGCCAAAACAGAGGGUCGUUGCGCGAUAAGAAAUAUCGCAGUGCGUAGAAUUAAUCUCUCCGUACGUACGUGAUAGUUGGAGAUCUUCGCUGCUGACGUCUCAGCCAUUUCUGUCAAAUAAUAUCGGCAAAGUUUGAAAAGCAACUGAAAAAAAAUUCAGGUAUGGCCCGAAAACGCGGUGGCAAGAUUCUGUUGGUCCGACGGCGUUCGUACCGUCCAUCGAUCGGCCACGUUUCAAAUAAAUCGAUACUUGGAAGAAGCCGAGUCUCCUCCGCCACCGAGAAUUACGGUAUCUCGGUCCGCACACUCGCAACUGUACAACUUGGGCGCGGAAACGGAAGAAGAAGAUCACGAGGAGGAAGAAGUGGAAGUGACGGGGAAUUGCAGUUCCGGGCUGUCCCAAUUAGACGAAACUGAAAGGUUCGUUUAGAUUUUCAUUCUUUUUCGUUUAGAAUUUCUAAUUCUUCAUGUUGCAAUAUGUUGUUCAUGUUUCCUUUUUGAAGCUGGCCGUCGCCAUAACAAUUUGUGUUUGCCAGAAUGUUGAUUUUCUCGGGUAAACCAGAAAACUUCAUUUUCUCUGAUUCAUAUGCUUUCCACUUUCCUUAUUUAUUUAUCCGUAAAGUCGUUGCCAUCGACUUCCCAGUGGGCUCGUAUAAUUUCUUGCUCACAGACACUUUAGUGCUCUUCUCUGCUUCUAGCGGGCUCGGUGAGCUCAAUUUUUAAUCAAAAAGCGUAUGUGUGCUCACUCGGCGGAGCCAUGUGAGGAGUGCUCCAACUUUUCCUUCUCUCCAUAUGUCACACACCACGGCCUUCGACAUUCAUUGAACCGCGAACUUUUUCUUUGUUUUCUCUUUCUCCCACACACGUUUUUUCUCGCGCAGAAUUUUAGAUUCACUGCUCGUUUCUCUAGAGCUCUCAAAUGUGAAAAGCUCAUGUCAAAAUGACGGAAACUUAUCAGUUUUUUGAAAAAUCGCGUUUCCUUCGCUCAAAAAGGGAGCGAGUGAGAGAGAAGCUCCACAGGGCCCUAAUCCUUCGUCCCUCAACGGAAUUUCAUUGACCCGUCCGUCCAUUUUUUGUCUCUUUUCUUUCUUGCUCCGGAAGGAAGCGAGAGAGAGAGAGAGAAGACACUGCCCCCAACGGCCUCAUAAACUACUUUCCCCCAACUGGUUAGUAUAGUUCCUUUUUUGCGAAGAGAAGCCAUCCGAUAUGAAAAAUUACCCUUUUCGGAAAAGUGUGAUAAACUUUCGAGCCACGUGCUUUGCACUUUUUGUGUUGGUCUCGAGGGUAUUGAAAAAGUUCACAAUUUCCGGGUUGUAUAAGUCAAUGUUACUGCAAAGCUAGGUUCCAUGAGAGUAGCGUCCAAUUUUUGUAGUCUGUAGUCUAGCAGACCGUAGUGUUGUGAAAGUAGCGGCCUACUUUUUUGGCAGACUCGAGUUGCUUUAUCAUUCGUGACGCUUUUUUGUUUGUUUUUCACUUUUUUCCAUAAAUCAAAAAUCAGGUCGUAAAAAAUCUAGAGAUGUACUCGAACGCGCACUUGUUGUUUGUUUUUCAGUUUCUGACUUCUCCUGACCACUCUGAUUCUAUUUUCCGAAAGAUUCUUGCUUUUAACAUUGUUUCCAAGUUAUUUUUAGAUGAAACGUUUGCAAAUAAAGACGAAAAUAGGUGGAGUUGGUCUCCUGAAUUAUGAAUAGUUGCAUGAAAAAGGCAGAGUAUCGGAUUACAGUGAGGUUAGCAUAAAUGAUUGGAAUAUUUGCAUUCUUUUGCACUGAAAAUCUUUGGGCGCUGCCCUCGUUUAACUGCGUUCUGCUAGACCGCAAACUACAACCUUUGGGCGCUGCUCACGAGAAAUUUGGGUCAGGGAAAGAACAAAAUAAGCUAAAUUCUAAAAAGGGGGCGUGUCGCCGAGUAGUUUGUCAGCACUUCCCGUUGCCUUUCCGUCCGUCCAUUUAACCCGUGCCGUCCCUUCCCUAACCCAUCCCUUUUUCCGUAUUCUAUCCCAUUUUUAUGUGUGAGACACAGCGGAUUGGGUUUCUUUUCCUCGUAAGCCGCCCGCCCGUUUUCAUUUAUUUUGGGCCUUUUUCGUCACUUUAGGGAAUUUACAUGUACUUGCAUUUUUACGUCUAUGCAUCUUAAACUAAGAUCGGUUUGAUACAAGUUAUACCCAAAAUCUAGAGUUUUGGAUUUGAAGGAAUAAUGUGAUGUGACCAUUUUGAAAAGCCCAUCAUUCGUCUGCUUCAUUUCAUUCUACACGUAGGUAGCCACGUCAUAGUGUACAGAAAUUCUUAUAAAACGCCUUUUUUUCCAAAUUUUCCCAUUUCUUUUCUCACCCUAUUUGGCCCACGAAACGACCCAUCAAUCUUGCUCCCCGGAGCCCCACGAAGAUUGGAAUGAGGAAAGGAAAAAGGAAAAGACGGCACCUAAUUUCCGCCCUGUGCUCGAGCACAUUCUUGAUGAAUUCAAUGUCUUAUCGGUUUUUCAGACGCAUUUUUUGUUGUUUGUACUCUGACACUAAAAACAAAAAUUGGAUCAGAAGUCAGCGAGCUUAAACUUUUGGAUUUUCUCAUCCGGCGAAUAACUUCUAUAAUUCUGUGCUCUUUCCGAAAAGUUCAUCUGAAAUUCUGAUGCAGAAUCCAUUUGCUUUGCGUGGUAGAACUUCCGUUUCUAAUCGAAUUCGUACAUCCACAUCUCCACAUCCAUCGUGUGAAAAAUUAAUUGAUAUCCUUCCAUCCGGAGCCUGCCAUUCCAGCUCUUUUUCUCUUCUGCUACUCACUGGAAAAUAAGGGAAAUUCAUUCCACAUCGACUUUUUCUAUUCCAUUUUAUCCAUCCAGAGAAUUUUCCAGACACGCGUUCUCUACGCGAAAAGCGUGGAUGGAACGUGGCUCGAUAGUAUGUCUGGGCGGUGCUCCGUGCCACGUCAUCAAUGCUUCGUCAUUCGCCGCGCCGAGGAAUCGCCUCCAUCCGGAGCUCAUCGAUAACGGAGUCCACGCGAAUGGCAUUCAGAGCCAAUAUGGUUGGUUAUUAUCUGAAUGUUGAGCAAGAGACUCUUUUUAUAGGCUCGUUCUCUUCUCUGGCGCAGGCGGAGCUGUCAACCUCAAUGAGAAGGUCGUGCACAACUGACGAAUUCCGGAGGACGCGGCGAAGACUUCCCAGAAGACCGGAUGAGCUGGCGGAGCCCGUAGAACUUCCACAGUCGAAGUCAAUGUAUGAAAGAGCUCUCUGUGCUCAAUUUGGAGGGUCUCCGUAUGUGCAUGCUCCUCCGGAAGAUUAUACAAUGCAGCGAGAUAUUGAUGUUCGAAGGGAAAAGAAGAAUUGUGAUAGACCACCGAGCCUGUCUCUUCAGACCACUAUUGAUACUAUUAGGUAGGUCGAAAAAGUUUUAUUUUGACGUUUUGUUUUCCCGUCUUCGAAAAGGCUUUCUCUUCUCAAAAGCAAUGUCUCCAUCCGUCUCCUCCCUCUUCCCGCGGCUAAAUAGGAACCUUCCUGCCCUUGAAUAGAUAUUGCGCACUUCUAAGAGACUUGGGAAACAAAUGAGUUUGCGGCUGCUCCGCGAGCUCGGCCCAGUCCACAUUCUUUGGGUGUUCUGCUCCGAUGGAGUGCUCCGAAAGAGUUGAGCUACUCUUCUUCUCAUGUACUUUAUUUCUUAGUUUUAGCUGUUUUCGGGCAAGGGUUUGAAGAAUUUUGUGGAAUACAGACGACCUGUGAGAAGAUAUACUUAGACGUUUUUGGGCGCUGCUCUCGCGGAACUUGUGUCUGCUAAACUACAAACUACAAAGUUGGGCGCGGCUCUCAAGAUAUCUCUGCCGUUAUUUAAGAAGAAGCGUACAGCAUUCGAUUCGAAAGUUUUGGGCAUCUUAAUCUGAAAAUCGCCCAAUCUGUUUAUUUUCCUAAAUAUAUCCAACGUCAGUGUUCUAAUAUUUUCCUCGCUCUACGAAUGCAGUUCCUUUUUCUCCGCCCUUCUUCUUUGCUUUUCCCAUUUCUUAAUUCAAUUCCCCUUCAGAAGGUAAUUGAAAACCGACCACUUUCUUUUGUGUUGUGGGAGUUGAGAAGAGAAGAGACUACGACGAGUCAAUUCCAAUUUCACUGCUCUUUUCCGCUUUCUCCAGACAGAAACCUCCACCAUUUUCUGCUCAUCCCAAACAACUUUUUCGUUUUUCUCCGACUAUUUUCUAACUGUUUUACAGACAAUCCUCAAUGGAUCCGCGUCGUUCGGCCGUCAUCGAUCCUUGCGCCCAUUUGGAAACUCCCAUUUCACCACAUGGUAUGUCGGAUUAAAGUAUAAAUAGAGAUAAAAGGAGAAAAGGAAAAAAGGGUCAUUUGGAAUGCAUUCAGAAAGAGAUAUCUUGUUGAUAUUCACUCUUUGGAGUGCAGAAGAAGAUGUAUGGGAUGGAAUGAGAAAGAGAAAAUGAAAAGAUGAAAAGGAAAAGAGGCUUAGACCGAGUUGGGAAAAUAUUGGAUGGAAUUCAUUGGGCUCCUUUGAGAAAAACUGUUCUUCGAAUAAUUAUAGUUUCUAAAGAGACGCUAACCAAAUAACUAUUUUUGCGGCGCGCGAGGUCCAAUUUUCACGAGAGCAGCGCUCAACUUUUGUAGUUUUUAGUCUAGCAGGCCAAAGUCUCGUGAGAACAGCGCCUAAACUUAACACACUGAAUAAACCCUAAGAGCCUGAAGUCCCCGGUCAAACGCUCCUAAUUCAAUUUGAAUACGAAAUAUACCGAAUUUCGCAACCCUCAAUCUCUGAUCGAAUCUGCGCAGGAAAGAGUUUCAAAAGUUUGAUUUCCUCUCCAAUUUCCUCUUUCUCUGCUCUUCCUCCAAAACGUCAUAAACAUGCGGGACGGCAAAUCUGCUCGGACCCAUCAUCUCCUCCCUCUCCUCCCAUUCCUGCUUCUUCUCCUUUUCCUCCUAUCUUCUUCCCCUUUUUGCUUCUCGUUUCGCAACCAAAUGUGCGGCGGCUCUUCUGGUGCCCGUCUUCGCUUUGUAAGCAUGCUCCGGGCGACACGAGCUCCGGGACACAUUCAUUUUAUCGAUCACUUUUCUCCUUGUUUUUCUCUUCCAAAAAUGUUUUUCUCGUUCCCGACUAGAAAAGUUGAGCGGCGGGCAACAGUUGCUCACUCAAAUUGACUCAAAUUUGUAAGGAGCAAAGUCUUUGCCUCGAAAUGCAUAAUUGGGUAGAAUUUGACUCUAUUUUUGUUUGGAAUACACCCACGCUCCUUGUUAUGAGUUUUUUUAGUAUAAAAAGAAUAGGAUGUACAACUAGACCGAAAAAACAAAGACAGAAAUUGUGCCAUAAGGAAAUAUCAGUACAAAGGCACUCAGAAACCAAAAACGUUCCCUUUCUCAUGACUGAUCAAAUUUCCUUCUGUCCUUUCCGUCUGACGAACGUCCUUCUGUCGCACUCGAACGAAUGACUAGGCUCUUUUGGCUCUCUCUUCUCAUUACAAAUGAAUGCCACUACUACCACCAGCUGCCCCUUUCUUUUCACUUUUGACGACGUCGACGUCGGGUGGUCUUCAGAAUUUCAUCGACUUUUUAUCUGUGUUUAACAAAAGUAAAACAAAAGUAGAAUAAGGCUUUUAAAAAAAGAAAAAAAAACACAUUUUUUGCUUAUAUCAAUCUUGCCUUAUUUCUUCUUUUCAUUUAUGUAAACAUAACCACUUUUGCUCAGAAGAAGAAGAAGCAGAAAAAUGAGAAAACAGCUGCGUCUUCUUUUUUCGGGUGAGAGCUUGACAGGAUAGAAAGCUUUUACGAGUUGGCUCGGGUGACGAUUUUCACAGUAUGAAUUUGCCCUUUUUUCGCGUGACUCACGCUAAUCCAUAACUCUUUGGUAUCAUGUAAAAAGGCCAAAAAGGGUCGUCGGCUACUACAUUCUCCCUUUUUCGCCGUCUCCUAUGAUUGAUGCUCGUUUUUCGGCAACCCAUUCUGGUCGUUCAUCAUCGGUUCCGCCCGUGCCAAAUGGCGCCCUGAUAUCAUGCACAAAUCGGUCGGCCGCCUGCCCUCCCCCGUCUUUUGGUCCACGAACGUAUCCAAUUUCUGUCUGCUUCUUGGCUUUCUCUAUGCUCUUUCUCUUCAUUUCAGGGCCAUAUACACUAAAGGGGGGGGGGGUCGUUUUGGGCUUCGGAGAAGGAAUACACAACAAAUAAUUACGUCAUUCUGAAGCCUUCCUCGCACCCGCUUCUGCCUAUGCUCUCAGCUCACUACCCCCCGUUUGCUUUCUCCUUUUUGAGCCACCACAGAACAUCAAUUUUCAGUAGAAUUCUGAAAUUUUGAAAAACUAUCUCUGAUCGUUGUGAGAACGGAUUAGGAUUAGUUUCGUGGUUUUUAAAAAAACUCAAAAAGUAGUGUACGAUUGCAACGAAAAUCCUGUUAUUGUUUUUUACAACUUGGGGCUGCUAGUAGAGUUUGGGCGCUGCCCUCGCGCAAUUUUCGCCUGCUAGACUACUAACUACAAAUCUUGGGCACUGCUCUCGAGGUGCUACCACUGGAAAUUCGUUUUUUUUUUUGCGGAGAAAAAGCCUGCAAAAGUCGUUUAGCAAAUAUUGUAGUCCUGAAAAUGAUUGAGAAUGUCAUUCACACUCAUAAACUUAUAACGGCUUUAUGCCUUUUUCUAAAAAUUGAGAAAUAAAUCACAUCAUGGCCGCAUUUUCCCGUUUUUCCAGUCUUCUCCUCGGUGCUCCCAUCUCCUUCUCCAUCCUCAUCCGGCCGUCGUCUUCCCGCCCUUCCGAUCCAUUCGGCCGCACUUCUCCGCCGUAUUCCAAUGGCUUCACUUCCUCCGAAUCCUCCGAAACCACAGGACCAUCAACUGUGUUUCAUGGAUGGAAUGGCGGAUUCGAUGAUGGAAAGAAGCACGAUGGGAAUGGAUGACUCUUACUACGAAGAAGACGGAAUUAACGGAAAUCGACGACGAGGAAGAGGAAGAAAGUGUACGUUGAUUUUUUUUGUCAAAAAGAAUUAGUUAGAACUAAUAGAACACGCGUCUUUUUAGCUUUCUUCUCUCCAGAUGACUCAUCCGGAGUCUCUUCUUGCACCACUUCCGAUAGCCAGAAUCCAACGCAUCGGGUUCAAUCUGCUUUCCAUCCGAGGUUAGUUUUUACACAAUAAGUCAGUAAAAACCCUCCUUUAUGGAGUCUUCCUAAUUUUCCUGACAAAUCGAAACAAAUUACUUUUUCAGACACCCCGACGAGCUUCUUCUGGAAAUUGGCGAUGCUGUUCAUGUUGAUAGAACUGCCGAUGAUCACUGGUCUUACGGUAGGUCAAUCCGAACCGACAUUAAGCUUAUGCUCGACUUUCAGGCAUGAACCUCAGAACAGGACAGUCUGGAAUCUUUCCGGCUUCUAUCGUCUGCGAAAUUGACCUAGUUGAGGAGAUUUGCCUCGGCGCCUUGCCAACUAAUACUACAAGUAAAAUAAUUAUUAAAGCUACUGGUCAUAUUGAAUAUUUUUCGUUUAGAAAUCAUGACAGAAGAUAGGGACACAUUCUAUUUGACAAUGUUGGCAUCGAUUGAAGUGGCACACCACAAAGGAAACGAUGUUCUGACGCAGGCUAUGAAUAAAGUGAGUCUAUAAUACGAUUUUGAGGGAAAACUAUAGGAAUAUUUAUUUUCAGGUUCUGUCUAUGUACAAAAAUUCCGAGGAAAUCAUCGUCCCGCAAACGGUUCUGAUGGAAAUUUCAUUCCGAGGAAUUCACGUCAUCGAUAAAAGAAGGAAAAAUGUACGUUUAACAGUUGGAGCUCAAAUAAUAACAGAAACAAUUUUUUAAGUUUUUCCAAUGCCCAAUGUUCGAUUUCUUCUACAGCCUUCAGAAUAUCUCUUUUUGUGGCGCACAUCCGAAACAGUUGAAGUAAGAAUUUUUUGUGGGGGAAAAAUAACUUUCGAAAUCUUCAGAUACUUCGGAUUUAUUACGAAACACCCACUUCUUCCCAGAUUUGCUUGCCACGUGUUUAUGUCAAAAACGACUACGCAACCAAUUGUAGAGGCUAUUGGGUAAGAUAUUUUUCAAAUUAAUUAUUAAAAGAAAGAGUAUCUUCAAAAUUGAAAAUUGAAAAUAUGUAAACCCAUUUUCUGCAGACGUGCUUUCAAACGAUCCUAUGAUGAAUACAUGGCUUUUGCACACCCAACUGAAGAUAUUUAUUUGGAGUAACAUUUUUUGAUUAAAUUUUAAAAUAACAUGAUCUGAGCGUUUUGUACGGUUCCACCCACUUUUCAUAACUGUUUCACCUUAAUAAAACAACCCUCAUUUGCUUGGCUUCCUCCUUUUUUCCCAAUAAUCUUGCACCCAAUACAAACCGAUAAUUGAAAAUGAAAUGUGUGUACGUCUCUCCGAAAAACACAUUAACGGCGCUUUUAGUCCUGGGAACUAAUUGAGAGCUUGUGGGCUCUGCGAGCAAGAAUGCCUGCAAAACUAAAGAUUUUGUGGCUUUUCGAUUGACUUCUGCCUCGAGAUGGGCCUGAUUUUGGCAUAUUUUCGAAAGCCAAAGCUUGAUGUCGAUAGAAUUCGGACCGUUUGGAUAGAUCACAUCAACGGAAAUGAUGCUUAUUUCCAAGAGGUAACUUCUUUUUCAAUCAGAAGUUAGUAGUCUAGCAGACCUGAACUUUCUGAGAGCAGCGCUCAAAAGCUGUAGCUGUUUACGGUCUUGCAGACCCAAAUUUUCUGAGAGCAGAUUCCAAGUUUUGUAGUUUGUAGUCUAGGAGUAACGAAUUGCGUGAGAGCAGCUCCCUAAAUCCGAAAUCGUUCCUCAGGUAAUCCGUCGCAUUUGCAAACGAAACGAAGGCAUAAGAUGUGCUAUGCUCGCUCAAAAUGCGCAACAUGCCGAGUCAGAAGCCGAAGAAGAUUUUGUUCUUUCCAAUGUCGCUGACAGAAUUUCUGUAUUCUUUCAUCAGUUGAUUGAGGUUGAUAGAAUGAUAGGUUAAAAUGCGUGAUUUUUUGAAGGACGAUGUAAUUAUGAACACAGUAGAGCUGAAAAGAAGUUGCUAUGAUCUGGGAAGACAACACGCUGCCUACUCCAAGAAACAAUUCAAGGUUUCGAGUGCUAAAGCUCAAAAACUAUCGUAAUCUUUUGUAGAUUUCGUACUGGGAGGAGUUCACCCUGACAAUGAUGGAUGUUUUGGAGCAAAAUUAUCUAGAAACCACAAAAGAAGAGCAAAAAGCGUGGCUUCAUUUUCAAAGAUUUGUCAACGAAAAUAUGAUGGACGGAUACCUCGACGCCCUUUCUUACAACAACAAACCAUCUUAGAGUAGCCUAAAUUUCCCUUUUCGGCAGUUUUUCCCUAAUAAAUAUUACUUCGGGUUGAGCACAAAAAAUCAAUGACAUACGCAACAGGCAGACGAUAAAAAAGUGUGUGUGUGUGUGCACAGUGAAAAGGAAAAAAUUUCGAAACGUUAUCAUUAGAAUACAUAGUUAAAAAAGAUAACACGCUCAUCACCAGUGAUUUCGGCCCUUUUUGCCGGGAAAUAUGUAUGUUUGUUUUGGAAAUUUGCUAAUUUAAAGUGUUGAUGACGUCAUUUAGGCCUCGUGGAGUCGAAGAAAAUGGAACGACGGCACCAAGAGAAUCAUCAGCGUCGGCACAGUUCGAAAGGGGACAUCGCAGAGAUUCGGACACUAUUGCCAUUGGAAAUAAGGUUUGGUUAUUUGAGGAGAUAACUCCGAAAAACUGUGUUUUUUUUCCUAGAAUUAUCAAAACAUAUUUUAGGAAACCGCUCAAAGAACAGUGCGAUUUCCAUCUGCCCACAUGACGAAUGAAGAUUUCGUUCGAAUAGAUUCGUGGAGACAUGACAGAGAAUCAGAGGAGCGAGAGUCCGACCACGGCAGAUUUAGUGAGUAGUUGAGCAUUUUGCCUUGAAUUCCAUCUACACUCUUCAGGUUUUUUAUACUGCGGCUGUUUGGAAUCCAUUCGUCACUGGUCCAGAAGACGUCAAUUCUUCCUUUUCAGUCUUUCAAUUCUUCUGCUCUUUUUUAUCGCGGCGGCAAUUGUUUUGCUGAUUUUGUUGCUCGUGAAUAAUGGUGGGUGGGAAUUUCAACGUGACCGUCUCCUUUUUGAAGGUCGUUUAAGGCAACAUGCUGAAAGAUUAUUCGAUGUCUACUAGAGUUCACGAGACAUUUUUCAUUUCUCACAUAAACGUCUGUAAUCUGUAUCUUCUCAGGUCAUAACAACAACAACUACCACAACGACAUCAUGACAACCGUAUCCACGUCAACGCUAACGCCUUCCACAGGUUCUCCGUCGCCAUAUUUGAUUGGAUACGUCACAAAAACCACUUCGGAAUACCACGACUUCUCAGUGAAUUUGACGUCCUUAGUACCGGAUGUUCAAGGAUUUGAAUUUCAAAACCGGCUGAUUGGCUGGAGUGCAGAAUCAAAGUCAAUGAUAACUGUUGAGCCGACAACUGGAAAAUUCGCAACUUUCUACCUGUCUCUCAACUUUACCUCUUGCUCGUAUUGCCAAAUAUUGUCCUAUCCCGAAGACGUCUCCCCUCUUCUCGUCGAUAACGCCAUCUACUGCUGCUGGAACUGCACUGAUUUGGAAGACGCGGACAGCCAUCGGUGCGGAGUAAAGGGGCAUCAAUUUGAAAUUCUGAAUCGGCCAGUUGAGAAGAGAAUCUCACAGGACAGAAGCUCGUUGUACUUGUCUACAGUAACCGACCCAUGUACCUUGCAAACUAUGCUUUUGAAUGGCACCAAUGGAUUUGCAAAGAUUGGAAGGACAAACUUGUGCCCGAAUUCAAGUUUGGGAGUGGAGAAGGUGGUGACCACGUCACCGUACUUUGACAAAGAUUACGGUUUUCUGUUGGAUACUGUUUUUAACACAAGAGGAGAUAUGCUGCUUUUCGAUCGUUACUUGAAUCUCACGGAUACAGUCUAUUAUUCUUUGAACACUAGGUUAGUUUGAAACUUGUUUUGGAAUUUCAUAAAAUGAACAUACAGCUCAAAAGACUUGGAAAUUUCCACGAGAUUCGAAGACGGACAUCACCUGAUUGCGCUAAUUUAUCCGACUCGAAUCUACGUGACUCGCCAGAACAUCGUCUCGUCGUGUGUCACGACUCUCUCGAUGGGCUUCUUGGAUUUUCGAUUCGACGGUGAGUUCGGAGGAGGAUCUUGGAUGGGAGAUCAGUUGAUGGUGUGGUUCCGCGAGAGAGAGGGCGCCAAUAUUGUCACGUUCGACUUCCAAUUUCCGGAUGAUAUUCAGUGCUCACGGCAGAAUCUGCAGCGCUUUAAUGGCGAUGUAUUUUCAUUCUGA